AUGCCACUUAAAUCAAUCCUAGAAAUUGUAGUCCAGCUAGAUCGCUUUGUCAAUAUUGAUCUCUCUCAACAAGGACUCUAUCAAUUACAAAUUUCUUGCUAUUAUCAACUUUCCCAACAAAAAAUCUACGCAGUUCCCAUUACUUACACUUAUUCGAAAUCUUCUCGCGAAGACCUCAUCAAAGUAGACCCUCACAAUAUAAUUUCUGGGUAUUUAGACGAAAAAUUAUUGUGUGUACACUCAAAAACUUUUCUGAUUCGAUAUAGUGAAGAAAAAGUCAAGCUCAACGAAGUCGCAACUUUUCGUUUGGAAAUCGAAGUUACUGAAAAUUUUUCACAAAUCCCUUUGACCUUACAACUAGGAUAAUUAAAAUAUGGCGUAUCAGUGCUUCGCGGUCGGCUAUGCUGACUACCACUGAGCAAAUAUUUUAAUUAUAUCCGACAAGGUUUUACCAAGCUGGAAAUUGGCAGCUAUGCUAGGUAAGCAACUCCUGUGGUGUAAGGAGCCUAGCCCUUGUCCUUUUUCUGGUUUGGGUUUUACCUCGAGGACAAUGGAGACUUGGAAGAUCGAAAGGGGCAGCCCAGCAAAGUCUUUUGGACCUAUCGAGCAACGAACCAUUGUGAAACCAGGGGUUACGGCCUAGGCUGCAAGCUUUCCCUUUUGCCGACAGUAGGCAGAAAACCCAUUUUUUGGAUUUUCUGUUUAGGCAACCUCGUCGCUGCAGCCUGAAGCAAGGCCCCUGGAACCCAUCGCCAGCCGACUCAAGACGAAGCCACCGCGAAGUGGCAAGGAGGAGGUGACGGCCAGGCAAUUUUGCCUUUCCUGCGAUCGGAAGUUGACGUCCCGCAAAGUAGAUGAAUCCCCUGGUGAGUCCUCGGUAACCGAGCUAGCAAAGUGGACUCAAACCACCUGAAUAAGUAAGUAAGUAAGUAAGUAAGUAAGUAGUAAGUAAGUAAGUAAGUAAGUAAGUAAGUAAGUAAGUAAGUAAGUAAGUAAGUAAGUAAGUAAGUAAGAGCUUACAACUAGACCUCUUAUAUGGUGAAGUUUCAGCAAAAAAGCCACUUGUCCAGAGCACCCAUCAAGUUUCCUAUGAAAAUGUCCUCUCAGUGGUAAAAUCCAGGAACUUCAUUAUUUCUUACCCUCUAAAAGGCCUCCACGAUUUCCUUCCAGGGUUUUUUGGCUCCAGAUGAUUUUGUGCAGUCGAAGGAAUAGUCCAUGUGAUUUUUUAUGAUUAUAAAUUACCAUAUGGCGACAUGCACACCUUUGUUAAUCAGCUAUUUGCUGACAAAAAAGGAAGACUAAAAAGCUUUAUAGGUGCUAGCGAAAUUGAUGAAAAAUAUAAUGAAUAUAUCUCGAUUUUAGCACAGGUUCAUGAAGGAAUGAGAAAACAUAUAGAUCAAUUAGCCAAUAUUUGUUCACUUGGAGAGGCUAUAAUUAAUAGUCUAAAAAUUUAAUUUAUAUAUAGGCAGUCAACAUUAUUUUCUAUAAAAAAAUAAAAAUUAAUCAUAAUAUUAGGAUUUUUUAGAAAAGAUAAAUGGUAUAUAAAAUUGCAGGCUUUAAGACUUCCACUUAUAGAUGAAAAUGACGGGGACGCAAGCAGUCGAAAUUUCUCUGAAAAAUUAGGAAGCAGCGAUCCAUAUACUGUAUGUGAAAAUUUAUUAAGAGAGUCGAAGCUUCUCGCUGGGUUUAUUUAUCAAGCAUUUAUACAGCUUAGGGAUAUCAUUGUAAAAAAUCCUAGAAAAACCUGCAAAUAUUUCAAAAGAAUUUAUGAGGACAGACUAAUGGAAAGAUAUGGGGAAUUCGUCGUAAGAGAAAUACACAGAAAAUGAGAAUUUGAUAUCUGUGGGGUCGAAAACUCCAGAAAAUUGCACAAAAUUACUGCGAAAUCUAUGAGAAGAAGCCCUUAUUUUAUGAAUUUAGAGUUCCUUCCUCUGCAAGAGGAAUCUUUAUUCCCAGUAGCCAGACUGCACCCAAUUAUGUUUGAGCAAAUUUUUUAUGCAGAAAAUGAUGUAAAUAAUGAAAAUUUAAUAAGAACUCCCAGCGGAAAUCCUAUAGAAGAUAUGCAUGUAAUUGUACUGGUCCAUGGAUUCCAAGGUAACUCAUAUGACUUAAAAAUCGUGAAAAAUUACAUUGGGAUGGUCUAUCCCCGAUGCUUUUUCCUCGAGUCCACCUCUAAUGAAAAUCGGACUGAAGGCGACAUCCAAGAAAUGGGUUUUCGGCUCAGCAAAGAAUUAAUCCACUUUCUAAGUGAAUGAUGCCCUGACGAAACCCCCGAAAUUUCUUUUAUCGGCCACAGCUUAGGAGGGUUAAUAAUCCGAGCAGCUUUACCUUAUUUAUCCUGCUUAUCUGACAAAAUGAGGCUUUUCUUGACCUUAUCCACCCCACACCUUGGGGUUAUGUACUCCAGUAAAAUCCUUGACGCCGGGAUGUGGGUGCUAAAAAAAUUCAAAAAAUUUUUGUCUAUGAAACAGCUUUGUUUUGAAGACCAUGAGUCAGUCGAAGGUACUUUUCUAUAUAAAUUAUCAAAAUAUGAAGGCUUGGAAUGGUUUAAAUAUGUCGUAUUAGUAAGCUCAGCCCAAGACAAAUACGCCCCAUUUGACUCUGCGCGUAUGGAAGUCCCACCUCGUGCGUCAAGAGAUGCAGAAAAAGGAAAUUUAUAUAUAAAUAUGGUCCAUAAUCUGCUGAAUAGGCUGACUCUGCAGAAAUUAAUAAAGCUUGACGUGAAUUUCAAGCUAAAUCAGUCAAUAGACACAAUGAUAGGAAGAAAAGCGCAUAUGCAGUUUUUGGAGAAUGAAGGGUUUUUGAGAAUGCUAGUGUAUAGAUAUCCUGAGUUUUUUAGUUAA